AUGAGGAUAUUCGUGUUUGUUGUGUGCAAACUGCUAGUCCUGAUGUGCUGCAGGGCGGAACACGUGAGUGAACGACGAUUGGAAAGAUUGAAAAACUUGAACCGAAUUUACGGUGUGCCGAGUGAAUCAGACGACACCAACAGGAUCAACUAUGAAGUUUAUGUAACGCCAGUGAUGUCACAGUACGCGAAGCUGCGGGCCAGAAACCCGCUGCUCUCUUGGUUAGCCAACGUUCUGACGUUCGGCGGGCAAGCGGAGACUCAGGAUUCGCCGAAACCGGGCCACAGUUGUCCAAAGUGCACUUGCGGCGUAUCGCUGGUGACAUCCCGCAUCGUCGGUGGCAUCAAAGCUGACAUCAACGAAUUUCCCUGGAUGGCCAUGUUGCUGUACCGGGGGACCUUCUACUGCGGUGGUUCGCUUAUCAGCGAUCGGUACGUACUGACGGCGGCACACUGUGUGCUUAACUUCAAACCAAAUCAAAUAACCGUCAAGCUCUUUGAUCCGAAGAGCUCGAUGAUGGUUCCCAAAGCGGUGGAAAAGUUGUACGGAAAUGAGCGCUUCAGCAUCGAUACGUUCAACAACGACAUCGCACUGGUGAAACUUCAGAGCAGCCUGAAUGUGCAGGAUCACUUCAUAACGGUUUGUUUGCCAACGCCGGGCAAGAAUUUCGCUGGCAUGGAGGGAACAGUAACCGGAUGGGGUAAGUUAUCCAACGGAACCUUAUCGCAAACAUUGCAACGGGUUACUGUUCCUAUUAUGACCAAUCAGCAAUGCAAGAAGAGUGCUUAUCGAGCAUCAAGAAUUACCGACAACAUGAUGUGUGCUGGAUACCCCGAGGGCGGACGCGACGCCUGCCAGGGUGACAGUGGAGGUCCUUUGCAAGUUGGAGACGCAAGCCAGCGGGAGAUUGUCGGUAUCGUAUCCUGGGGAGAGGGAUGCGCUAAACCAAACUACCCGGGAGUGUACACUCGGGUAAACCGGUACCUGCAGUGGAUUAAGAACAACGCGAAAGAUGGCUGCCUGUGCGAACCACCGGCGUAG